UCUACUACUAGAUUUCCGCCUCCGAGGGCGAAGUGGUGUUUUCAAUACCGUGCUCGCUCUUGAGGUAAUCCUUAGGCCCGGGUAUCACGAUUACGCUUACUGCUUGACCAGGGCUCACAUCGCCUCCGUGGCCGCUCUCCCCAAGACGACACAUGAUGGACGUCUUCUGCUGCUGCUUCCGCCGCCAACCCAAGGAAACCACAGAAAUCACAGAACCCACAGAACCCACGCCAUGCAAGCCUAAUGCUAAUACUUCGGGCGAUCUGCCCUCCACGGCGCCACCGGCAACACAACUCUCUCCCGCUCCCCGGCCCGAGUCCCCAAGGGCUGACGCCGAACCAAACACGGCCAGCCAGUCAAGAUCGUCCUUGCGCCCCGCCCCGAUCCCUGGGGCUCCCACCGAGCCUGUGGAUAUCAGCCAGCUGGUGAUCGAUGACUCUGACGGCGGUGGCGAGUCCCCUCCCCCCAAGAAGAGCAAAAAGAAUAGGGCGUCCAGCACGCUGGACUUCGUCCGCACUCGUUUCCGAAAUCAGGGCUCCCAGGACGACUCGCUCCGCCGGCAGUCCGCAGCGACUGUCGGCAGCAGCACCGAGGAGCUUGCCAGGCGCGCCGAGCUCAAGCGCCUGAUGCGCAAGAGGAUUCAGGAGGAGCUCGAGACGGAUGAUGGCGAGAACGCACCCCAAGCCGCAGCAGCCAGCGAUGGCCCCUCAGCAUGUGCCAAGCGUCCCGCCACCCCGUCACCCGCCGACCGGCUCCCGGGCGGGGGGCCUCGAGAUAGAAUCGAGUUCAGCGUCGCCCAGGCCGUCGGGGACACCACCCCGUCGGGCGGAUCGCCCAACCGCCAAGAAAAUGUGGCCCCUGUCACUCCCGGUGGCAGCCGCACAGAUUCUCGGAGAGCCAGUUGCCCAGACCACCUGAGUCCCGGCAGCGAAGCCAAGGCUGCUCGAAUUGCAUCUCAGGCUCUCGUGCGUGAUAAACGAAACUCGAUGCCCCAGCUGUCCUCCAUCUCGACGACGACGCCUCUUAGUCUCCCAAGUAUGACGGGCUCGUCUCUUGGCUCUCUUCUGGCGCUAGCAACAAGCUCGAGCGGCUCCGAGAAGCAGGAUACGGCGGCCGCAGGUCGAGAAAGGCAGGCUGUCGCCGCCGUGGUCGUUAGUGGGGGGUUUUCACCCAGAGAUAUCAGCAGGAAAAGCUGUGACGAUAGCAAGAGUAGGCAGGUCGAACCAGGCCCCGUCAAUUUCCUGGGCCCCCGUCCGCACACGGUGCAGGGUCUAUAUACGUCUCGCUCCGGAUCACCCGCAUCAAGCGAUGGCUCUUCAGACCACGAGGACAGCGAUCGAUCCCCAAUGAGGACUUGGCUGCGCAGCCAGAAUCAUUACUCGGCUCUGGAGGCAGGCUCCGGUUGUGGCUCUAGCACAGGGGCAGAUGUCGCUGGACCCACUACUGCUCACGUACCCAAGCCGCGAUGGUCUUGCCCCAGCCUCAACCUGCAAGCACCAAGAGCACCCGUCUUCCAGACCACAAAUCUACCACACUCGGCUGGUGCGGUCCAGAAAGGAGCCGAGUUCACACCGCGGAGUCCGCAGCAGCAUCAAGAGAGUCUUGGCACGCCAGGCCGCCCAGGGAGUUCGGUUGGAUAUGUCACCCACUUGCGAGGCGGCAUUCUCGAAGAUGCCGACACCGCAACCUCGAUUGGAGAAACUACGGGAUCUCUGGGACGGCAGCUUUCAGAACAAAGCACCAGCCAUGAUGUUGAAUCGCCUUGCUUAAACAGACAGCACAAGCGAGAUUCGUUGUCCAGUCUACCGUCAUCGGGGAAGCAUCUGCCCCCAGCGUCCGCUACCAAGUCGGAUGCCGCUACGGCCUCACCAAGCCCAAGGAUCAAAGCUCACACGAUUCAAUCCGGGACUGAGACGACAGGUAGCCACUCCCCGUCCACGGAGGAGACCAGCGGCACCCGCGAAUGUCAGCCAAGCAGCUCGCCAGCCUCGAGACUACUCCUGCCUGGCCCGCCUUGGACUCCCACCGACUCGCCUUCUGCUGUUGCCUCGGACUCGGAGGCUUCCAGCUUUCACCGUCGGGAGGAGGAGCUUCUCACGAUCCCGAUGCGGUUUGCAGAGUCCAAGUCGUGGCGCAAGCCAAACCUGCACUCUGUAAGCCGCUUCAGAGAGGACUUUAGAGAUGAGCAUCAGCACCCGCAACAGACAGGAGAUGUGCUGCAAUCGCCGUCUGAGAAGCCGUCUCUGUUUGCACGUCUCCAUCUCACGGUCCCCCGCAAGGCAAGGCUCGACUCCAAGGUGGCCUGCACGGACGGUGAGACGGCGGACCCGAGCGCGGGCAGCAAAUACCCGAGCAUGAGGAGCUACCACAGCUCAGCGGCGAGUCGGAGCUCCCUGUCUGUUCGCCAUGACAGGUCAGACGUUUCGCCGGCGAAAUAUCAGAGAGAGAGCGCCGAGGCCGUCUGGCGCCGCGCAAUUCGGGCAGAGGCCGACGAGCGCCUCUCCUUGGCACGCGUUAGCGGCGGUCACCGCAGCACCACAAACAGCAAUUCGGGCACGAGAUGUCACCAGGAUGCCCACACUCCAGACGAAAACAGACUGAGCGCCCGCUAUGCCGCACUCGGUCGGUCGCACGCCUGCAGCCAUGUGAGCCAUAGGAGCCAUGGGCGAGCCUCACCAGCACGCAGCGUGGUCUCUGAGAAGAGACAUAAGGGUAGAGUCCCAACAGACCUUGGCCGUUCGAGCAUCGUCCCGGGUGGCAGCCCUGGCCAGCACUCUAGAGAGGCAUAUGGUUCCAGCCACGUAAAAAUGCUGUCAACGGCAGAGGCUUCCGAGAUCCCCAGGUCCUGGGCGAGGUUUCCAUCCCACACAAGGGAAGAGAGGAACGGCCCUGCCGGCCCCGAAUGCGAUGUCGUCUUUCGGGAUUUUGCAGCGAAACCCCCUGGCGACGGCGACGAGGAUGCCGGAUGGGUGACGGACAGAGACAGCCCGUCAUCAUCCAGGAGGACAUCCUUCGGCGUGCGGAUCGUCUCGGGCAGACUUGGGAGGUUUUUCAAGACAAACGUCGGCAAAAUCCUCCCCAGCAGGUCUUCGUUUUGGACCAACGGAAAGAGGGCCAGCGCGGACCCCUAUCCCAGCCGCGAUCACAGCCCCGACGAUGCCAAUCUCGAAUACCCGGAGCUGCAGAUGCAGCCGAACGAAGGCGCCUUCAGGGAGAUGAAAGCUCUCGAGCUGGACAUCGUAUCACUCAGGAGCAGUGCGCGCCGCAGUCCUCGGCCGGUAUCGGAGGGCCGAAGCGACGAAUGCGUCAAGGCCCCAGCCGCUGUCCAGACCACAUCCAUUCCAGACGGGGCCGGGAGAGUGACAAAUGUCACCGGCAGCGGAGAGGAAUGCUCGACGGCAGCAGAGACCAAGCCACCCCCUACGCCGCCCGCCGGCCACCUGCCACCGAAUCCAGACGUCAGCACGAUGACGGCAGGAUCGAGCACGGCGAACAGCGACCACUUCUUGACGCCUGUCAGCCGCAUGUCACGCCGCGACGAGAGCGCCCGCUCGGCUUGCUGGCACGGAUCGCCGGGCAUGCUGUCUCUCGACGCUUUCCGCAACGACGAUGCGGCCUCCCAUAUCAGCUCCGGAACCGUUGUCAAGAAGACGCAGCUCGGUGCCGAGUCCGAUACACCCCAGCGCCAGCAGCGUAUUCUCAAGGACCGGUCGAGCACACAGCUGGACCCCUGCUUCGCAUAAGCGAGCAAGAAAUGGAGAUCACGAAAGACUGCGCAUUCACAACAAUCACAAUGAAGGUUUUAGUUGCGGUUCGUUAUUGUUUGACCUAAUUUUUGUAAUACUGCUUGGGAUGCCGGUAAUUUUGGAAGGCGGAUAUGCGGCAUGCCCAAGAAUAGAUGAUAGCCCGCCUCCCUGCUGUGUUGAGCAAAGGUUUUUGGGGUCUGUGCUCGGCAGUUGAUGAGGGCAACGACACAGCUACAAACCAGGAUGGAGGAGAUGCGGAGCAGACUUUGCGAGACUUUUGACAUAUUCUAGCGUAUGGAUAUAUCAUUUCUUGUUCUCCUUGUAAUAGCUGCGAAUAUUUGCUGG